AAAAUUUCCGGCAAACGUAAUCACCAUAUCUUCUCUGUGACUGUGACUGUGACUGUGAGUGGUUUUAUUGCUUUCUCUGCAAAUUUGUAAUGUACCAAAAAAUCAAAAGAAAAACGAACUCUGCUUGCAAAGCAAUCCGAUUCCGCUACCUCUCUAUUUCCCUCCCAUUCGUAAUGCCCAAAACCACGACCCUCUCUCGCUUCAAGACACUCCUCUUGAUCAUCUCCAUCUUCUUCAACCUCUACUUGCUCUUCAUCCACGCGCCGCCGACCUUUAUCUCGCGCUACUCGUCCUCUCCCACCACGCGCCGCCACCUCGUCUUCGCCAUCGCGUCCUCCUCGCCCUCCUGGGCCCGCCGUGAGCCCUACAUCCGCCUCUCGCGCUCCCCGCUCUCCCCUCGCACUCGCGCCUUCGCCUUCCUUGACCGGGCCCCGCUCGAUUCCCACGGCUACGGCUCCGGUGCGCAGGUCGUCGUCUCCGGCGACACCUCCCGAUUUCCUUACACUUUCCGGGGGGGGCUCCGGUCCGCGAUCCGCGUGGCGCGCGCGGUCAAGGAGGUCGUCGAUCGCGGCGAGCCCGACGUGAGGUGGUUCAUUUUUGGCGACGACGACACGGUGUUUUUCGUCGAGAACCUGGUGAAGACUUUGUCGAAGUACGAUCACGAUCGGUGGUUUUACGUUGGGAGCAAUUCGGAGAGCUACCAGCAAAAUGUGAAGUACUCGUUCGAAAUGGCUUUUGGCGGUGGAGGGUUCGCCAUUAGCCAUUCGCUGGCUAGGGUUCUAGCAAGGGUUUUUGACUCUUGCCUGAUGAGGUACGGCCACUUGUACGGAAGCGAUGCUAGAGUUUUCUCAUGUGUGGCGGAGCUCGGCGUUGGGUUGACCCAUGAGCCUGGGUUUCAUCAGGUUGAUAUGCGGGGGAAUUUGUUUGGAAUGCUGUCUGCGCAUCCAUUGUCACCAUUGGUGUCCCUUCAUCAUUUGGAUGCUGCAGAUCCAAUCUUCCCAGACAUGAACAAGACUCAAGCUUUGGAACAUCUUUUUGAAGCUGUGAAUGUUGAUCCAGCCAGGAUUUUGCAGCAAACUGUUUGCUAUGACAUUUCGCAUUCAUUGACUGUUUCUGUUGCGUGGGGUUAUGCUAUUCAGGUCUAUGAUGGCAAUGUACUCCUCCCAGAUCUCCUUUCACUGCAGAAAACUUUUACUCCAUGGAGGAGGAGUGGUAGUUUUGAUGCAAGUCAAUUUAUGUUUAAUAUGAGAGAUUAUCCUAAAGGUAAAUGUAAACGACCAGUGGUCUUUUUUCUAGAAAGUGUAAUAGCCAAUAGCCAUGGCAUCUGGAGCACCUACACUAGGCACAGUGUGGAAAACUGCUCGAAAGCAAAUGCACUAAAGAAUUUGGAGCAAAUCAGUGUGUUCUCACAUAAGCUAGAGCUUGAUGUUGAUGAGAUGAAGGCUCCACGUCGUCCCUGCUGCAACAUUUUGCCAUCUUUUAAUGACUCAAUGACUAUCAACAUUAGACGGUGUGGAGAUGAUGAAGUAAUAUCCAUGAAUUUCUAGAGUUUCUCUCUUGGAAUAGUUGCUCCGAGGAUAAUUAGUUUAAUGCAGAAUUCAGAGGACAAGCAAUUUUGGUCAACUUAUCAGCUCAUCAAGGAGGAGGAGAAUAUAGUUGGAGAUGGCCAUUUAUCUUUGGAUCAAGACAUGGAGCAAAAACUAGGAAUCCUGGAAUCAUUUCCUUGAAAAAAAAAAAAUCAAGAGAAAAAUAUAUUGGAUCCUGUUGUUGAAAGGAAGCUACUGUGUGAAGCCAGUUAAGGUUUUGAUGUCUGAUAGGGCCACUCUUGUUAAACUUUCCAGUGGCCAGUUGUCUUGGAAAUUUGAAGAACAGAGAAAAACGAAGAACACCACGCCUAAUCUAGUUACGGGGAGACGACCCAAGCAAAUGUGGAACUGCAAAGGAUUUAACUUUAGCUAGUGAAUCAUAGGCACUACAAACGGUACUAUUCCCCAUGGUUCUUGUUUUUUUGGGUUUUCUGCUCAGGCUUUAUCAUCAGUUUCAAUUGAGAAAGAAAAAGGUGUGUAAUUUUACCUCAAUAUAUAUAAUCAAAGUUAUAAGAG